AUGCGCGGUGAGAUCGACUGCAAGGCACCGGGCCUUCAGCUUCUGAGACACAAAGCGUUGGAGAAGCUGCAGUCAUGGCCUAGUCACGAGUUUCUGCAUAUGAAGCGAGAGUGGAAUCAGAGCGCAGAUCGACUAGCCAGCACAGCAUUGCAGAGCGAAAAGGGAAGAACGGUUGUAGCUGAAGAGGAUCGGCAAGAUCUGAUGACUCUGAACCGUCUCGAUGAAUUGUUGAAGCCCAAGCAAGAUGGUCAGCUAGCUCGGGUAACUGCGAUCGCGAGAUCAGCCAGGAGGAUACGUCAUGAACCUGAAGUGAUACAGGAGGAGAUAGUACAGAGGAUCAGGAUUCAACGAAUUGUCCAAGCUCAAGAUGAAGAGCGUUGGAUUGUCAAUCUCAAGACAUAUCUAAGUGGCGAUGUAUCAAACUUGGAUGCGGUAGAAGUGAAGACGUGCGCCAAACUGGCGCCGGAUUACGAGAUCGAUGAGAACAAUCUGCUAUUUUUUUGCCCCAUGGCGAAAAGAGAGUCGGAAGAUCGCGAUGGUUUGAUGCGGUUGGUGAUCCCUGAGACGUUGCAGCAGGAUUUUUUGCAUCACUAUCACACGAGUCUGGAAGGAGGCCAUCAGGGUAUUGGCCGAACCUAUCAGAGGAUCAGAUCGCGAUUUCAUUGGAGAGGACUGUAUCGGAGCGUUCAACGAUAUGUGGGCGAAUGUACCGACUGUGAGACCGGGAAAGGAAACCCGAUGAUUAAUGGGAAAUCCCCGGGCAAUCUACACGCAACCUAUCCAUUCCAGAUCAUCGCCAUGGAUCAUAUACCGUCGUUGCCCAAGUCCAUCAAGGGGAACACCGAACUGCUCAUUGGGUCGACCUUUUCUCGGGAUAUGUGA